AUGGCGUCUGAAAACCCUCCUGAAACCCAAGAAGAGACAGCCUCUCUGAUAGAGAAGCUUCCAGAACAAGAUGGACAUCGGGAAUGUUCCUCAGUGGCCGAACAAAGAGGGAACCAACUCACUUUGUACCACUGGACCCAGUCCUUUAACUCCCAGAAGGUGCGUCUGGCCAUCGCAGAGAAGGGUCUUCGCUGUGAGGAAUACGAUGUGAGUUUGCCGCUCAGCGAACACAACGAGCCGUGGUUUAUGCACCUGAACCCGACCGGAGAGGUGCCCGUUCUCGUGCACGAAGAAAAGAUCCUCUGUGACCCCGUGCACAUCAUGGACUACCUGGAGCACACCUUCACUGAGGAAGGCACCCCCCGGCUGAUCCCUGAGGAGGGCAGUGCGUACUUCAUCAGGGUGCAGCACUACAGAGAGCUGCUGGACUCCCUUCAGAUGGACGCCUACACCCACGGGUGCCUCCUCCACCCCGAGAUCACCGUGGACUCACACAUACCGGCCUACGCUGCCACAUGCAUACGGACACAAAUCGGAAACACUCAGUCUGAGCUGAAGAAACUGGCGGAGCAGCACCCGGACCUUAAAGACGCGUACGUUGCAAAACAAAGGCGCCUGAAAUCGAAGCUGUUUGACCACGACAACAUGAAGUACCUGAAGAAGCUUCUGGAUGAGCUGGAGGGGGUGAUGGACCAGGUGGAGACGGAGCUGCAGAGACGCGUGGAGGAGACGCCAGAGGAAGGCAGUCCCUCAUGGCUGUGCGGAGACUUCUUCAGCAUGGCCGACGUCUCUCUGGCCGUCACCCUGCACCGCCUCAAGUUCCUGGGUCUGUCCCAGCGGUUUUGGGGCGAGGGGACUCGGGUAAAUCUAGAGACGUACUACGAGCGAGUGGUGCAGCGGCCGGCCUUCAGGAGGGUGCUCGGACACGUCAACAACAUCCUGAUCUCCGCCGUGCUUCCCGUGGCGUUCAAAGUGGCGAGGAAGAACGCUCCGAUGAUCCUCGGCACCACGAUGCUCAUCGGGGUCCUGGGAGGGGCCGCGUACCUCGCCUUUCUCUACAUGAAGAGGAGGCUGACUGUGUCCUUCUGAGGGAGAAGAGAUGGAGCUGAUUGAGGACUGGGAAGUAGAUAAACACAGGACAUUACUCUGACUUUAUGAUGUCAUGAUGUAAAGUUAAAAGACCAGAGAGGGAUAUGAUCAUUCUGCAGACUCUAGGCUAAUUCAAACUAACUUGAAUGUUCUUAUUUGCUGUGCUGCUGGACGCACACAAUGCACUUUUAUGCAAUGAAUGCUAAAUUAGAAGGUAUGAAUACAUGAAAUUAAGAUUAAGGGUAAAACACCUGGUGUUGGAUCAAAUAUUUAAACUAAGGCAAGGAUCAGACAACCUUUCCAUCUUACGGAGAUCUUUGUUAGGCAUUGCCAACAUGUCUGAUUAAUACAUUACAAAUAUGUUGAAGUGUCUUCUCUUAUAGCUUGGCAGUUUGUUUGUUUACAACCCAUAUCAUUAAACAAGAUAAUACAGAUGUUUAUUUAUUCCUGAGGAGAAUUGUUGUGCAGCAGUUGCAGUUCAAAGAGUUUCUAGAAAAGCGCUAUACAAGUGUCAUGUAUUAAAGAAAGUACAAAUAUAAAUAUAUAUAAAGCAUAUACAUAUAAUUUGAAGAAUCUAAUAGCUGUUAUCUGCUUGUUUAUGCAAAUUGUAUCUGCACCUGUCAAAUAAAUAUGUAAAAACGAUUGAGGUACAUAUAUAAAUAAAUAGCACUUGAAUGUGUCAUCCGUCUAAAGAAAGGAGAUACACGUCUGCAAUGCUUUGUUAGCUUAACGAGUAGAUUAUCAUAACGUGCUGUAACUUCUUAGAAAUGGGCUGAACUCCACAAAAAGAAGGCGUGGUCAUCUUCAUGUGAACUUCAAUCAUAGAUACGUUCGUUACUAUUUCAUUGUUGUGCAUUUUUGCUUGUUAGAAAUGUAAAAAGUAAACUUAAGAGACUGCUUUCUGUGAACAAAGAUAUGCGUAAACUUCUGACAAAGCUUUGCAGGAUGUCCCUGUCGUCUCAUGUUUUACUGUAAGACUCCAUUUAACAAAAGCUGAAUACUUUUCAACCAAAUAAAACAUCUGUGUGAAUUAAACUGCUCCCUGACAACCUGCUGAAAAAAUAAACCUCAAAGGUAGUAGAA